AUGUCAGCUGCAUGCCCCUUGGGACGGUGUUUGUCCGCUUCUGGCAGGCACCUGUCCUCGCCGGCCAUUGCCUCUUCUUCGAACGACUCUGUUGCUGGUUUGGAUGCGGGCAAACCCGCUUCGAUCUUCGAGCGCAUCCCGAAGCAUAAGGCAAAGCCGCAGCUCUCACAAGAGAGCUUAGACUUAUUCACGAAGUUGGCCAGUCCGGAAGAUGUGCCAAUGCAGUUUCGACAGGCAGCUAAGACCUGGGAGGCUUUGAGCCGAACAGCUGUGUACUCGCUACGCCAUUUCAAGGUCAGUCACGUGGCAGGAAUUCUGGACAGCUGUGCCCAGGUGUCCUGGCGCGACGACUACUUGCUUUGUGGCCUUGCAGAGGCCAUGCGCUGUGGCGCGGAGCUUCGGCGGGGCACUGUGAGGGACUACUCGCUGUGCCUACAGUCUCUGCGCCGUCUUAACUACUGCCCGUGGGUCGGUGCUCUGAGGCCUGUGAUCAUGGAGCUGAGAUGGCGCCUGCGGCGUCACCAUUGGAGACCCAUUGAUGUUGUUCUGGCCUUACGCUUCCUUGCGGAGUUCUCCAUCCAGCACAUGCCGCAGGUCCGAGCCGAAGCUGUCGCAUUUUGCCGCGAGUUGCAAAUGAAGGCAGAGAAGAGACUGGGUGACAUGAGGCAUUUGGAGCUUGCCCACUUUGCUCGGGCUCUGGUGCAGCUCAACGACAAAGGUGGUUUGCCGGACACGCUGUUGCUGGAGCGAGUUGCUGAGAACUUCUCACGCCGUGCAUCGGACCUGCCACUAGGCGCACUUCUGCACAUGUCAAGCAGCCUGCUUGACCGCCUCGUUUUUGCAGUAAGUUCUUGUGGAUGCAGUUUUUGGUGA